AUGAUUUACACUCUCCUUAACAUUUUCUCUUCCUUGGGAUCUCUUGCUCUCACGAUUUAUGGUGCUUGUAAUACAGCCAAGUAUGGUCAUAUAAUGUGGGCUGCAAGUCUUGGAUAUUUUUUUGCCCAUCCAAUAGUGAAUGAGAUAUUGAUUAAUUUGUAUGCAUGCAUUUUCGGCAAACUUGAAAAGCAUAAUUGUCUGACUAAGCUGAGGGAUCAUUUCCCAAUCGUUUACUCAGAUGCCUACAAUAUAACUGCUUUUGGUCUGGAAAAGCUUCAUCCAUUUGAUUCUUGUAAAUAUCAUAGAGUAUAUCAGGGAUUGAGAUAAAUGGGUAUCAUUGACUCCUCAACAAAAAUUCAUGAGCCUUAAAUUCCAAGUAGGAAAUUUUUGCUAGAGAAAAUGAGUGCCUUAUAUCUCUUUAAGUUAAACUACUCUGCUUACAUUUGCAAGUGUUUGGAAGUCCCACUAUUUUUCCUCCCCGCUUGGUUCCUUAGAUUAAGAGUAUUAAAUCCUAUGAUGAGAGCUACUCAAGGCUCAGUAGAUGCCAGCUGUCUUGCCAUGAAACAUGGAUGGGCAAUCAAUCUAGCUGGUGGCUAUCAUCAUGCCACUUGCUCAGGUGGAGGUGGCUUUUGCAUAUAUCCAGAUAUCACUUUCAUUGUACAUUUUUCAAGAAAACACCACGGCAUAAGGAAAAUUCUAAUAAUUGACCUUGAUGCACAUCAAGGCAAUGGACAUGAAAGAGAUAUGCUUUAAGAUCAUAAUGUCCACAUUAUCGAUGCUUACAAUCCAUAUAUAUAUCCAGGAGAUUAAUAAGCAGAGUUAGCAAUUAAGACCCGAAUUUCAGUCACAUCCUAUGAUGAUGAUACAAGCUAUUUAAACAAUCUUGAAGUAUAAAUUCCAGAAGUGUAUGAAUAAUUUAGACCUGAGCUUGUUAUAUACAAUGCUGGUACUGAUUGUAUGAUGAAUGAUCCGCUUGGGAGACUUAACAUCACUCCUGAAGGAAUUGUAUAAAGAGAUGAGCUUAUGUUCCAAAUGGCUGUUGAGAGAUUUAAGGUGCCAAUUGUGAUGAUUUUGUCUGGUGGAUAUUAAAUGACCAACGCUCCAGUAAUUGCAGAUUCAAUUCAAAAUUUGGUCAAAAAGUUUGACCUUAAAAGAAAAUUUUUGAAUAACCUUCAUAAAGAUUAAUGA